CACGGAUCUUGCGAAGCUCAAGGUAGGUGGGGUAAUUACGGCGCUUCCAGCAUUGGCUGGGCUGAUAAAGCGCUGUGAUAUUCCACAGAUGGAGACGUUUCGCUUUCCAUGGUCAUUAUUUCUAAGAGAGCAGAAUUGAUAAUGGCCAACACUCAGAGACUUCUGGACUAUUUGAUGGUGGCACCGCCGGGGCUCCCUACAGAAGAAACUAACAAAACGUCCAACACGACAAAUGACCAAUAUAGUUGGAGGCAGAUCAACAGCGUUUGGUCAAUGGUCUGAAUUCACCUACGCCCAUAUUAUGCAGCUUUAUGGGACCUUGCUUCAGCAAGUGCAAAUUGAGAAUGAACCAAUGCCGAACUCUCCUCCACAGCCUAUAAACACUGAGCCGAUGUUCGCAGUCCAUUUCACUACCUAUGUUCAAAGUCGACUACGCCGUGCGCUGCGAAGUAGUUUCCAGCAUCUUGCACCUCAGCUUGCCAAUCUGCAUCUUACUCCCAUCACAGUUGACAUAGGUGAUGCAGCUCAAAUUAUCAACAACUUCUGUCCUGAUAUUGCCUUUUUCCGAGCCGGCAGUACUCUCAACUCCUCCCCAAAUCGCUGUCCAGGAGACCUAAAGGUGUCAUGGAAAUGGGGAUCUGACUGGGCAGCAGCGGAGUCGCAGAUAGAUCGCACGGAGUAUUUGCAGGUUCUGUCACAGAUCAACUUCUACAUGAAACAGCACAAUGCGCGGUACGGCUUUGCCCUAACUGAUACUGAAUUGGUCCCUAUUAAGAGACUCGAUGUGAAUGGCAACCUGUUGGUAGCACGGGCCAUACCAUGGGAAGCAGGAGGGCCUGGGCGUUUGACCGUUCUUAUGGGACUUUGGUAUCUCGGGAUGUUGGGUGCAGCGGAUGAUGACUGGCAGCUUCUAUAGAACACUACAGAGGUUGUAUAUUGUGUGACAUGCUAGGGUGUUAAAAAUUUCCAGAGCUCCUGCCUCUCCUCUCUCGCUCUCAUUUUUUGUUAUACCACGGCUCCCUAAACUAUUCCGACUACUGGGUCUACGAUCGUUUGGGUAGGUACAAUUGAAAUGGAAAGAGUGUAGAGAUGAGGGAUGCGAAAAAUUUAUAGCUUGGUACACGAAUCGCUUGGUCUUCGUGAGACUUGACCAAUAGACAGAUACAUACUUCCUGGUUCCUCACUAUCGGAAGGGUGUGAUGCUCUUGGGGUCGGUCUGUAUGCGCGUGUGGACGAACCGUCAUCCUAGUAAUAUUUUGUAUUCGGGGGGAGACCCUGUUUCUGAUCAUCUGCCUGUAAAAUCUGUCAGUGGCAAGGAAACAAGGAGCAAACAUCGUCUGAGGCACCAACAAGUUUCACUCCAACACUCUCAACCCGCCUAGUUUCAAUCUCAAUCCAGCCACGUUCCCUAUCUCCAAUGUAGGUGCUAUCAGGGUAAGUGAU